GACAGUCUGCUGGAGCUAAAGGUUGUAAUGAAGCCAGUGCAAGGCAGCCCAGUUUCUGUCACAAUGCAGGAAGCUUUUGGCUGUGCGGUGGAAAAUCGCUUCUUUCAGCUCCAAGACGAUGACUGUGACCCCUUAGAUCUUCUGCAUCAGGCAUCAGUUGAAAGUGGCCAGCGUAAGAAAAAAGAUGCGGCAUCAGCAAAAAAAACAGGUAACCAAAAAGGGAACAAGAAGGAAUCUCAGAAGGAAAGGAAGACAAUUGUUUCCACCACAGAAGUUCCAGUAAUGGAGACAAAACAAACUGGACCGAAGAAUGCUCCGAAACCAACUUUGCAGAAAGUAAUUCAGAAUGAAAACACUGGUGCUGAAGUGAAAGUGGACAGAACGGAGCGCAGAACUGCAUUCAGGGAGUUUCGUCCAAACAUCAUUGAAAAACCCAUGGAAUACAGCAUUGACAAGUAUGUCAAACCUGUUGACAGCUUUGAGAAGGAAAAGCAAGUCAGAAGUUGGGUUGCAAACCAAAGAGGGGGCUUGCGUGGCAGAGGAAGAGGUGGAUUCCCACGUAACAUGGAAAAUGAUAACCAAAGAGGCAAGCGUGAGUUUGACAGACACAGUGGAAGUGACCGGGCUAGAGUAAAAGCCGAAGACAAGCGGGGCGGAGGUGGACCUCACAACUGGGGCUCAAUUAAAGAUGCUUUCAGUGAGGAAGAGCCUGUACCUGUAGAGACUGUAGCUGAACCUCUUGAGACAGAAGAGGAACAAGAUGCCAAGAUUCCUGAAGAGGGCACUGAAGAUUAUGUUCAAGAAAUGACAUUAGAUGAAUGGAAAUCUAUGAUGGACCAAAGUAGGCCAAAAACUGAUUUCAACCUCCGCAAGCCUGAAUCCUCUGUGCCUUCUAAAGCUGUAGUUAUCCACAAGUCUAAAUUUGAUUAUAAUAUCAAGGAUGAUGACUACCAAUAUGGCCUCCGCAAACCUGUGAAUGAUAUCACAAGCCAGCUGGAUAUCAAUUUUGGAAAUCUUGCUCGACCAAGCCGUGGGGCAAGAGGUGGAGGCCGAGGCCGUGUUAGAAGAGAAGAGGUGUUGCCACACGAAGUCCUAAAUGUGCAGGACUUUGCUCUGAAUCCAGAUGACCCUGAUGACUUUCCUGCUUUGUGUUAGUUGGACUUCUGAAGUUUUUCUGCUAUUCUAAAGAGACAAGUAGCUGUUCAUGAUUGUGGGGGAAAGGUGUGUCCAAGUCUACAGGACUGUUC